AUGGAAAAGCAACUGAAAAAUGAUAAGCCCAAGGAAUUAUGUAAGGGACCUCCCAUUGGCAGAAGCUUCACAAACUCCCCAGAGGAACUGAAAGAACUUGCAGUCGAUCAAAAAUCGCAGGUCCCCAAAACCAAGAACACCAAAAUACCCAAGAAAAAACAUGAACUAAGAACCAAAAAAGCAGUGGCACAUGGUUGGAGUGGAACGAAACCCAUCCAAAAGAAGAAGAAACAGGUAGAGAAAGAAGCAGCAAGAGGGACUGGACUAAACAAACCCAAAAGAGAAACAACAACUCGGUUCAAAAUGCACACUCGUGGGUCCUCACCUGCAACAAAAAAGUCUCCCAAACGUUGGUCAAGGCGCUAA